AUGGCAAGGAAAAAAGUGAAAAAUGGGAAAAAAAUUCUUGAAAUUGGAUUGAGAGCUUCUAAUCCAAGUUCUUCUUCACCUGUAAAAUCUCUAGAUGCUGUUUUUCUUGAAAUUGGAUUGAGAGCUUCUAAUCCAAGUUCUUCUUCACCUGUAAAAUCUCUAGAUGCUGUUUUCUUUGAAGAUGAUGAAGAAUCAGAUUUGGAUCUGAUGGGAUCUACGGGUCCAAUUGGAGAGAAGAAGAAGGUUCUUUUGUCGGAUUUGUUGAGCUCUGCUACUGAUCCAGUUCCAUCUGUUGUUGAAUCUGUGGAAAAUUCCUUGUCUCGACAUCAUGUGCCGCAAUAUGAUAGGAAUCUUGAUGAUAAAUCUGAUCUCAAGUCUAGCUCUUCUGAACUGAAUGCAAAAGGAAUUCUUGAUGAUCUGGAUUCUGCUUCUUUUCUUGAAUCAGACCUGGAUGGAGUUAAAAUUGCAAAUCAUAGUCCAGUUAAUAAAUCUCCAAUGGAGAAUUUGGUUUUGAAAUCUUCUAAAUCAAAUUUAGUUGAUGAUAGUCCAGUUAAUAAAUCUCCAAUGGAGAAUUUGGUUUUGAAAUCUUCUAAAUCAAAUUUAGUUGAUGAUCCUCAAUUGGAAUCCAAGACUGAAUGCCAAAAUCCAGUUAAGAGUUGGGCUAGUCUUUUUACAGACAAUAGAAAAUCUGGUUCAGACAUGAAUCUAAGUUUUGUUUCACCUUCAUCUAAUGAUACUGUGAUCUUUGAUGAGGAAGAAUGGAAUGAAGGAAAUUCAUUGUGGCAAUUUUCCUUAAUUGGCCAAGUUUUGGGCCUAAAUGCAAAAUUUAAAGCUAUGGAAAGUUAUAUUCAUAAAGUCUGGGCUCGUUGGGUAAUUCCAGAGAUUUGCAUUAUUAUUAAAGCUAUGGAAAGUUAUAUUCAUAAAGUCUGGGCUCGUUGGGUAAUUCCAGAGAUUUGCAUUAUUAAGCCAGGCAUUUUCCUGUUUAAAUUCAAGAAUAAGGAUGAAAUGAAUGAUAUUCUUGUUAAUGGUCCAUGGUUCUUUGGAUCAAGACCUCUGUUAUUGAAAGCAUGGUCGAGUGGAGAUGAAAUUGAGAAAUUAAAUGACUAUAUUUAUCCUAUGUGGAUUCAAUUUCCUGCUCUUAGACUCAAUCUAUGGAACUCAAAAAGUCUUAGCAAAAUUGCAAGUCUUAUUGGAAAACCUAUAGCUACAGACAAACUCACAGCCAGCAGACAGAGGCUAUCUUAUGCUAGGGUUCUUGUUGAAGCUCAUAUGCCAGCCCCACUUCCUGAUCAAAUCUCAAUUCAAGGCCCAAAUGGUGUGAUGAUAAAGCAAAAGGUGAUAUAUGAAUUGAAACCAAAAUGGUGUGAUAAAUGCAAGAUUGUAGGGCAUGACACAAUGUACUGCAGAAGAUUCCCAAAGACUCAAAGAUGGGUUCCUAAAAAUGCACAGAAUGGUAAGAAUCAUGAUAAACAAGAAGCUCCUGGAAUCUGUGUUCAAGGCAACACUACCCCUCAUGAAUCAGGAAUUUUAAGGGAACAAAGGCUUGUGCAUGAGCCUGGAAAUUUUGGACAAGUUGAUAAUCAAAUGCACAUACCUGAUACUCAGGAUGAUCACAUUGGGGAAAAUCAAGGGACAAAACAGGUAUCCAUAUCUGAGACUCCUGAAAUGGAUACUCAGAGUCAUUUUGUUGGUUCCUGUAGUAAAUCUCCAAGGAAUCCUGUGCAUGUGGUACAUAUACAAAACCUGAUUUCUGGUAAUGUGGAGAAUAGAAACAAAGGUCUUCAGGAUAUAAAUUCUUGGUCACUAGUGCAAAAUAGCAAAGUCAGGAGAGGACUGAUUGAAAUAAAGAUUAAAGAUGAUAAGUUGCCAGUAAUUGCCAGGAAACUAGCACAUAAUUGGAGAUGGGAAGCUAAUGUAGGAGAUUCUGGUAAGGCUAGGAUAAUGAUCCUCUGGGACCCCAAUCUUCUGGAUAUUCAUAUGAUAAACCACUCAGCUCAGCAUAUAACUUGUUCUGUCAAAUCUCUGGAUGGGAGGAUCAACUGUGUAACUUCAACAAUUUAUGGCUAUAAUCAAGCAGUAGCAAGGAAGGAGCUGUGGUCAGAACUAAAACAUAUUCAACAAGCUAUUGGUAACAUACAUUGGCUUAUCAGUGGUGAUUUCAAUGCCAUGGUUGAUAAUGAUGAAAAGCUUGGGGAUCUACUUUAUCUGAGGGACCCUAGUUCAAGAGUAUGGAGUAGACUAGAUAGAUCCUUGGUAAAUGAUUCAUGGUUGCACCAACAUAAUUCUAGUCAAGUAGAAUAUUUGCUACCUGGAUUAUCUGACCAUUCUCCUGGCCUUAUAUCCAUUUUUGAUGACUUUAAAUUGGGAAAGAGGCCUUUCAAAUUUUUCAAUAUGUGGAUUAAACAUGAAAAUUUCUUGCCUGUAGUAUCUAGCAUAUGGCAAAAUGAAGUUAAGGGAUAUAAAAUGUUCUCUGUCUGGUCAAAAUUGAAGCUGCUGAGGAGUUCACUCAAGGAUUUAAACAGGAAACAUUUCAACAAUAUAGGUGAACAAGUACAGAGAGCUAAAUUAGCUCUAGAAGAAGUACAGAAUGAUCUUCAAAGCAACCUUAUGUGUUCAAAUCUCAUUAACAGAGAAAAAGAAUGCUUAGCUUCAUAUAACAAACUGUUGGAUUGUGAACUGUCCUACUAUCAACAAAAGUCCAGAAUUGCUUGGAGUAUCAAGGGAGACAGAUGUACAGAUUUAUUUCACAAAAUCUUGGAGUGUAACAGGCACCACAAUAGAGUUUUAGCUCUUUAUAAGAACACUGGGGAAAGGAUGACUGACAGUGAUGAAAUUGCAAAGGAAUUUGUGUCAUACUAUCAAAACCUAAUGGGGAGAGCCACUGAUACUAUAAUGCCUGAUAUGAAUGUGAUCAAAUUAGGGCCGUGUCUAAGUGAUUCUCAAGCUAAUCUCUUGCAAAGAGCUGUAUCAAAAGAAGAGAUUAAAGAAGCCAUUUUUUCAAUGUCAGAUAAUAGAGCCCCUGGUCCUGAUGGGUAUGGUGCAUGUUUUUUCAAAUCAGCCUGGUCGAUUGUGGGUGAUGAAAUCACUCAAGCAGUGGAGGAAUUCUUCACUUCAGGGAAGCUUUUAGGUACAUUAAACUCAACCUCUAUUACUCUUAUACCAAAGGUACAUUGCCCUAAAACACCUUCAGAUUUUAGACCAAUCUCAUGCUGUAAUAGCCUUUACAAAUGUAUAUCAAAAAUCUUGGCAAAUAGAGUAAAAUCUGUUCUAGGCUACUUGGUUAAUGAGGCUCAAAGUGCUUUCAUUAAGGGUAGGCAAAUAACAAGUAACACUUUAUUGGCCCAUGAACUUGUGAAAAGUUAUAGCAGGAGGAAUAUAUCUUCCAGAAUCAUGUUAAACAUUGAUAUAAAGAAGGCUUUUGAUACCAUAAGUUGGAAUUUUCUACACGAAAUGCUCAAGGGGCUUGGUUUUCCAAAAAGAAUAGUUGACUGGAUCAUGGUGUGUAUAUCUACUCCAAAAUACUCUAUCUCCCUAAAUGGUACACUGCAUGGUUAUUUUAAGGGGGAAAGGGGUUUGAGGCAAGGGGAUCCACUCUCACCAUAUCUCUUUAUUUUGGGUAUGGAGUAUUUAUCAAGGAGUUUAGACCUUUUGAAACAGGAUAAGCAGUUUAAAUAUCAUCCUAGAUGUGGCAAAAUGAAGAUUACACAUUUAAUCUUUGCUGAUGAUCUAUUGCUCUUUGGUAAAGGAGACCUAUACUCAGUAAAGAAACUUUAUCAGUGUGUCACAGACUUUGGUAAUGUUUCUGGACUGGAAGCAAAUAAAGAGAAAUCAUCUAUUUUCUUUGGUGGGGUUGAAGAAUCUGUAAAAACAGCAAUCAAAGAUCAACUGUGUUUGACUGAAGGAUGUUUCCCUAUAAGAUACUUGGGGGUUCCUCUAGUAUGCAAAAGACUGUCUUAUGAAGACUGUAAUUCUCUCUUAAACAAGAUUACUAGUCAAAUACAAACAUGGCAAAAGCACAGGAAACUCACAUAUGCUGGCAGAUUACAAGUGAUUAAGAGCAUCAUCUUGGGAGUUCAGAUUUAUUGGACUUCAAAUUACUUAUUACCAGUCAAAGUAACACAGAAAAUAGAUGAAAUCUGCAGGAAUUAUUUGUGGGGGAGUUCAAAUCUAACAUCCAAAAUCCCCUUAGUAUCCUGGGACAGAGUUUGUAUGGGUAAAAAACAGGGUGGCCUUGGCAUUUUCUCUGCUUCAAUAUGGAAUCUUGCAGCUGCCUUAAAGAAUUUAUGGAAUAUUCAUGUUAAUAGGGAAUUAAUGUGGAUUAAAUGGAUUCAUGGUACCUAUCUGAAGCAAAGAGAUAUCUGGCAUGUUAAAGCAAGAUCGGGAGACUCUUGGAUGUGGAAACAAUUAAUCAAAGCAAGGGAUAAGGCUCUGAAUUUCUGUGGAGGAGUAGGAAACCUCAUUCAGUUGAUUGGUUCUUGCUACAAGGGGGGAAAACUGAAAUUAUCUGCACUAUACCAUGCUUUAAAUCCAGCCAGCAGUAAUGUCCAAUGGCACAAUACAAUAUGGGAGAGCCUAUGCUAUCCUAAACACUCAUUCAUUAGCUGGUUAGCUGUCAAUAACAGAUUGAAUACCCAGGACAGACUGUUAAGAAGAGGUAUAAUAAAUACAAAUCACUGCACUUUAUGUACUGCUUCUUUUCAGGAAAGCAGAAGCCACCUAUUCUUUGAGUGUGCUUAUUCUAGUGAUGUAUGGAAUUGUAUAAUGGAUUGGCUUCAAUUCUCUUGGAGAUCAUGCCACUGGGAGAUUUUGAUAAACUGGUUCAGUUCAAGAUUGAAAGGAAGAGGUAUUAAACAAAGGGUUAAAAGAAUGGCUCUGUCAGCCACCAUUUAUGCAAUCUGGACUGAGAGGAAUAUGAGAGUAUUUCAGGGAAAAAACAGGUCAGUUGAACAUCUAGUAAAUGGUAUUAAAGUUGAUAUCAUGACAGUGCUUCUGAACUCAAACAUCUCCUCUGAAAAUGUUGCCUGGAUCCAUUCAUUGUAG